AAGCGUUUUUUUAACUGUUCCAUAUCCAGAUGCUGUCCAGAGCCUUUUUUCAUCAUCAGAAAUGCACGCAAAGUGUUUUCCAUGUAUUCAAAUGGACCCGGUACACCAGUGCAGUCAGUUCCAAGUUUUGCGUGAAGGAAAAAAUGGUAGAACGUGCCGCAUUAUGCUCAUGAUGGGAUCCAUAGUUAAUACAAGCAGAAAAGGCAGGUCAUCUCAACACAUACUGCUCUCUCUGCUUCUGCUCUCUCUAUUUCUCUCAAAAUGUCUGAAAUAGUUAAUUUUUUACUGUUUUUCAGUGCAUUCUGGGCAUUUUGGAAGGUCUCCUGAGGUUAUCUUUAAAAAAACGCUUCUAAACGCAAACGCGCAUAAAUGCGGUAUGCAA